CGAAAUGAUUGUGUUGAGAAGAGUCCCUCCAAAAACUCUUGGUACAGCUCACGAGCCACUGUCCUAUUUUAACCAACGCCCCCUCAGCGCUAGAGACCCUUUUCUCUCCUUCAAUUUCAGCUUCACCCUCUCUGUCUCCGACAAAAUAUCACCAGAAUUUUCUCUUUUUUCUUUCUUUUCUCUUUUUUGGUUGUCCCAGAAACGAUAUAAUAAAACAGAAGAAAGAAGAGAGAGUCCCUCUUUGUUUUCUGUUGUUGUUGUUGUUGUUGUUGCUGUGUUUACUGUGAAUUCUUGCUCUGUUUUUGUGUUCUUGAUUUCUUCUCUUUGUUCUCGGAAGAAUGGAUUGCUGGUCUUCAUCACUCAGGGUUGAUGAUGAGUUCAAGAAGCUGGUAAUCAGAAUGAACCCACCAAGGGUUACUGUUGACAAUGCAUCUGACAAGAAGGCAACUCUGAUCAAGGUUUUGCAAACAUUUGUUUCUUUCCCUGACUUUUUGCAGGUUGAUAGUGCAAAUAAGAGAGGAAGUCUGUUGGAAGUGGUGCAAGUUCUUACUGAUCUGAAUCUGAUAAUCAGGAGGGCUUACAUUUCUUCAGAUGGGGAAUGGUUCAUGGAUGUGUUUUAUGUCACGGACGAAUUUGGAAAUAAGGUGUAUGAGGAUAACGUUUCCGAGCGAAUUCAACAGUCCCUGGGCCCAAGAGGACACAGCUUCCGGUUACUGGCGAGAUCUGUGGGUGUGCAAUCUGCUUCAGAACAUACGACCAUUGAGUUAUCAGGCAGAGAUAGACCAGGAUUGCUAUCAGAGGUCUUUGCCGUUCUCACGGAUCUUAAGUGUAAUGUGGUGGCUGCAGAAGUAUGGACGCACAACUCAAGAAUGGCUUCAGUCGUCUACAUUACCGACGAAGCAAAUGGAUCACCUAUAAACGAUCCCGAACGACUUGCUAAUAUCAAACAGCUUCUGCUUUAUGUUCUAAAAGGUGAUAGAGAAUGGCGGAGCGCCAACUCUGCUGUUUCUGUCGGGUCUACUCAUACUCAGAGAAGGUUGCACCAAAUGAUGUAUGCCGAUCGCGAUUAUGACGUUCAAAAUGUGGAUAAUGCGACAACCGAACGGACCAAACCCCUUGUGACCGUAGAAAACUGUGUGGAGAAAGGGUAUACCGUGGUGAACUUGAGCUGUCCCGACAGGCCUAAGCUGCUCUUUGACACAGUAUGUACCUUAACAGAUAUGCAGUAUGUGGUAUUCCAUGGCACCAUAAUUGCCGAAGGACCAGAGGCUCAACAGGAGUACUACAUAAGGCAUAUGGACGGGUGCCCCAUUAGCUCUGAAGCGGAGAGACAACGUGUAAUUCACUGCCUCGAAGCAGCAAUUAAGAGGAGAGAAUCUGAGGGAAUAAGGCUGGAAUUAUGCAGUGAUGACAGGGUUGGCCUUCUGUCUGACGUUACCCGCAUAUUCAGAGAGAAUGGCUUGUCCGUUACUCGUGCCGAGGUCACGACAAGAGGCACGCAGGCCGUGAACGUUUUCUACGUGACUGAUGCAUCGGGAAGUCCGGUGAAAAGUGAAACCAUCGAGGCGGUUCGCAAGGAAAUCGGGCUAACUAUACUCCGCGUGAAGGAUGAUACCUACUCCAGCUCACCUCCUCAAGAGACAGGACGGUUCUCGUUGGGGAGUCUCUUCCGUUCGAGAUCAGAGAAGUUCCUUUACAGUUUGGGACUGAUAAAAUCAUGCUCCUAGACUGAUCAUGGUAUAUAAUGGUUGUAGGCUUAAACAUAUAACUUAGAGCAGAUGAAGCUAUAGCAGUCAACCUCUUGUUGAUAUCAGAAACCAGUUUAGGCCUAAAGAUGAUAGUGUAAUUAAUCAUGUAAAUAUAUAGUUACAUUUUCUUGUUCUUAGUUCUUACAUUACAUAUGGGAAAUUCA